AUGUUAAUACUGAUUAUAGUCCAAUUCAUCACACUCCCAGUACUGACUUCGAGAACUGUCAGAGGAGAGACCACAAUGGAAGACAAAAACGUACCACUUAUUAGCUCAAGAGUUGUUAGAACAAAAUAUGGAGACAUCAGAGGUUUUAUCGUCACACCAGAAUCAAGAUUCCUUGAACCAGUAGAAGUUUUUCGAGGUAUCCCAUAUGCAUCACCACCAGUCGGUAAUUUAAGAUUUAUGCCUCCUGUAACUGGAGCUCAGUGGUCCGGAGUUAAGAUAACCGAAGAAUUUAGUCCAGUUUGUCCACAAAUUCUUCCUGACAUAAGAAAUGAGACUGCCGUCUUAAAAAGAAUAUCUAAAGGAAGGCUAGAAUAUUUGAAAAAAAUAUUACCUUUUUUGACGAAUCAAUCAGAAGACUGCCUUUAUUUAAAUAUCUAUGCUCCAGCGCAAGCAGGUGUAAGGGAUGCGGUAGCAAGAUAUCCAGUCCUGGUGUUCGUGCAUGGAGAGAGUUAUGAAUGGAGUUCUGGUAAUCCAUACGACGGCACCGUUCUCUCCUCACACGCCGGCCUUGUGGUUGUUACCAUUAAUUACAGAUUGGGAAUUUUAGGUUUUCUCAACCCUCGUUCAGAUGACUACCCACGUGCUCCCGCCAACUACGGUUUAAUGGACCAGAUAGCAGCUCUGCACUGGAUCAAAGAGAACGUGGCCGUAUUUGGAGGCGAUCCCACUAAUGUGACUCUCAUGGGACACGGGACGGGCGCUGCGUGUGUUCAUUUCCUGCUUACCUCGCUUGCUGUGCCUGAAGGUCUAUUAUUCCAUAGGGCCAUUUUAAUGUCAGGAUCAGGACUAAGUCCGUGGUCUUUAGUAGCCGAUCCGAAUAAAUAUGCAGAUAUAGUUGCAAAUCACGCCAAAUGCCCUCCUGAACGUACUCCACCCGACGUGCUCCGAUGUUUACGAGAGAGGCCAUUAGAAACCCUUCUAUCUGCUCCCAUACAGGCACCAGACUUCUCAUACGCAUUUGGGCCGAGUGUGGAUGGCGUUGUCAUCGACACUGGAGAUACUUCCAUUAACCACGAGCCGAGCUCUGAAUGGCAAGCAGCGAGGGCACCUCUCGGCAAGGGAGCCACCGCCGUCAACAUAAUAAAUGCGGUUCUCAUGCGUAAAAGUGCCAUUGCACAGCUCACAAAAUAUGACCUCAUGCUCGGAGUUACUAAGGCGGAAGCGUAUUUUGCCUUCAGUGGAGACGAUGUACAAUAUGGUAUCGAAGCUGACAGAAGAUCGAAGAUUUUGAAAUCUUUUGUUAGAAAUACCUAUUCUUAUCACUUAUCAGAAAUUCUGGCCACUAUUAUUAACGAAUACACAGACUGGGAAAGACCAGUUCAACAUCCGAUAAAUAUAAGAGACGAGACUUUAGAAGCCCUGAGUGAUGCUCAGGUUGUUGCUCCGACCGUACUGACUGCGGAUACUCACUCUUCCUUCAGAAGAAACUCCUACUUGUACGUCUUCGACUAUCAGACGAAGUAUGGAGACUAUCCACAGGUAAUACAUCGUCAAGGGUGUAUACACGGUGAGGAGUUGCCGUAUAUAUUUGGAGCACCCUUAGUCGGCGGGUUGGCUCACUUCCCCCGAAACUAUACCAAAUCUGAAGUGGCAUUGUCGGAAUCGGUUAUGUUGUAUUGGGGCAAUUUUGUAAAGUCAGGUAAUCCAAAUGAAGCUCCGGACAGCGAUGUAAUUCGAGCGGGGAGACAAGAAAGAGUACGACUGAAAAACAUCGAAUGGACUGCGUAUGAGGCCGUCCAUAAAAAAUAUUUAAAUAUUGACAUUAAAUCUAAACUAAAGAAUCAUUACCGCGCUCAUAGGUUAUCAUUUUGGUUAAAUUUGGUACCAGAUCUUCACAGACCAGGUGGUGAGGAUGUACCUCAAUCGCAUCAUCAGCUAGAUCAUGAAGAGUCUUCCUUGCAGCCAACACUUAAAACUUUUACUCCUCCGUUUAAGAAAACAACAGACAUGCUGUUGACGGACACCGGAUUGGCCACAAAAGUUCCACUUCUAUCACUUUUAAAUGUAACGUCUUCCUUAAACCUUAAUGUUGGUGGACAUAAUCCAGUGACUUCCAGUACAUCGGGUGUAACUGAUAUUCACAAAUCUGAUGCAACAACAGCAGCACCGCCUGAAGACGGAUUUGCUGCUUACUCGACCGCUUUGAGCGUGACCAUAGCUAUAGGCUGUUCCUUAUUGAUUCUUAACGUUCUUAUAUUCGCUGGUGUAUAUUACCAAAGAGAUAAAACAAGAAUGAAUGGUCAAGAUCACGCAAAUGGAUCACAUUUAAAGAAACGUGGUGAAAACGGACAAAUGCCUAACAAUAUUUGUGGUGAUUUAGAAAGUGCGUUAACUUAUCAGACAAGUCUCAAAAAUGACCCUGCUACAAUUUUAGGCCAUCACCACACCCACUCUCACCACCAGUUACCACCUCCCGAAUUUGCUGAUCUUCCAAGUAAUAACGUCGCAGGGAUGGCAACAUUACCCCGUGCGCCGCCACCUCCUAAGAUAGGAAAGUCCAAUAUAAAUACAUUAGCUAGUGGUCAGUUACAAGAAAAUCAGCCAUUGCUAUCUGCUCACCAGAUGCAAAUGAUAAACACGAAUACACUCACAAAGAAGAAUACGCAGUUGAACGCGAAGUCUAAUGUUACAAUGGAGGAGUUGCGGGUGUGA